GAGCCAAGACUAUGACAACCUAAAGGGUCUCCUUAUACCUGUAGUUCAUAACUGCUGGGUAGGAAUCUGCUUACGCUUGUUCAAUAUACUAGGCAGUGCUUGCUCCUACUGUAGGUAUAAUAAAAGAAUGGUCGCUGUGUUUGUCAACUUAGUCUGAACUGCCAUGACUCUGUGCAUCUUAGAAAGCAAACCAUCCUUCACUCUGCUGCUUUCACUAGGGCACCCAGCACUGCCCAAACUAGAGAUUUUGGAAGGCAAUACAUAGGCUGCCAUAGGUUGGUCAGCUAAGGGGAAACAUCCCACAUCCGAUUUGUUCUGCCCCAGCCACAUUUCCUAGUCUUUCUGCUAGUCCCAGAUCAUGUAUGAGAGACUAGAACAGUCUGAAAGUUUGGAAUAAUGAGAAUCUUAACAGAUUAACUCCUGAAUGUUUACUUGCUUACUAUUAAAGGGUACAGAUUGUUUGCAUUGUAUGUUCAUUCUGACAGUAUUAGCCACUUUACAGUAAACCAGAGGAGGAGAACAACUAAACUUGCUCGGUUCUCACUAUUUACAGUAAGAAAGAAAAGCUGAUCCUAGAUGUGUUAGCUUAUUCCACCACAUGCAGUAUACCUUAUAGAGAAUUUCAGUCACCCACAAAUUGAAAAUAAUGAAGCAAUUUUACAACAACAAUCCAGGGCAACUGCCCAUAAACAUAUAGACCCAUCCUUAAAGGUAAGCCAAACCAUGCCACUAUCUCCACUAUGUUAAUCAUAAGCAGAUCCCUUCUUCCUCUACACAUUGGCCUUUUGAUUCUCACCGCUGAUAAGUAGUUUACAUCUUGUGGUAUGUCCUCUAUAUUUCUGCUCUCUAAGUCCCCUUUGAACAGUGGAUUGUGUACUUUUACCCCUGUCCUGAGGAGGUUCUUGUUGGGGCACAGCUCUCAUACUGUUUCUGUCAUCAGCUGUUGUUUUCCUUGGCCAACGUUAACAUUAAUUUAUGAAUCUUAUUGUGUGUGUUGAUCUUAUAUUUUCAUUUUAUUAUUUUUUCUGUUAGGUGUCCAAAAUUCGUAACAAAUUCUGACAGCAGUAUCAUCUUCAUUUAAUAAUGAAAUGCAGUUUCAGCUUAAAAUACCAACAAGACCAAAACUGUAGUGUGUGUGUGUGGUCACAGGCAAUGCUCCUUGAUUUGAUAUGAUUUUUGAUUUUGAUUUGCAUUGAACAUGAGCUGUAUAAAUCAGAUGAAAAAAAUCUAAAUGUUGUGUUGUUUAUGAUUUUUUUCUAUAUUGUUCAGGUCCUAAAAUUCUCAAACCUUGGUUGCUUUUAGAUGCCAGUGUUUGAAUUUGAACACGUUUGUACUUGCAAUAAUACUUUUCUUCUUUCAUCCUUUAUAAUUGUACAACAUAUGUACAACUUACAUACGUUCAUACUGAAUAUCUUAUAACUCUGUUACAAGCUUGUUUAGUGAUGAGGUCAAUGAUACAAGGGAUAAUGGUAAAUUACUGUAGAGUGAAGGGGGGUUAUCUAAUGGUGGCCAAACAUCACACUGAGUCCUUUAGGAGGGGAGAAAUGGUAUGAAUGGUUUGUGCUUGAAGCCCAUUGACCCAUUUUACAAUUGUCUUCAAGCUCAGACAAUGGAAAAGGGUUUCAUAACCAAUCCACCAACCCCCUCAAACACACACACAUACACACACAGAGUAACAGAGUUUAUUGUUUUUAUGUUAUGAGGUGCCUGAUUUCUUAAAUUUCAAGCUCAAGCUCCAGUCAAGCUCAGAACGUUAGUUUCUUAAAAACAUAAUUUGCCUAAUUUCCAAAAAUGAUCACCCUCACAUAAUCGUAAUUUAUAUUAAAGCAUGAUGUGCUUAGCUGGUUGAAAAGAUGGAGCACAACAAGUGAGUGACUAAGAGUGUGGCUGGUUAAUCAGGAAUACAUCAAAGAACAGGGAGGCAGGCAGAGAGAGGAUGAAUGGAGGCGGUAGGUGCGUUUGUGGUUUGGCCAGCGGCUCUGUCCUUUUAUCAUUACAGCCUCUUGCUCUCAUCUUUGUUCUCAUUUUCCACUUAACCCCACUCUCUCAUUGUUUAUUUAAAGGGCAUUUUGUGCUUUACACUUUUGUUUUGCAUUCUUCCUAUCUGUCUUACGUUGUAUCUCUGUCUAUCUUUUUGUUUCUAACAAGCACACCUUUCCUGUAUCUGUUUUAGUUUGUUUAUGCUUUGUCCCCUUCCAUGUCUCUUCUGUCUCCUGCUGAUCCUCUGAUUCUGCUGCAGCUUAUUGAUUUCAUAUGUUUCACUCAGAUCCUACAUAAAGACACUAAUAUCAAAUAAUCACAUUCUUCUCUGAACCAGGGAAUGAAGUAGAAUUAGGGCAUGAACCCCACUAGAAUAACAAUGAGAAAGGGGGGGCAACCCUUUUUGUCUUGGCACUUAUAUUUUAGAGUAGACAAAACAUUUUGUGUAUAUCUGAGGAACAUAUGUAUUAUCCUCCUUGCUUAUGAAUGCUUAGGAAACACUAAAAAUAUAUUUUGUCAAGAGGUGUUCAGCAUUAUUUUGAUUAAGAAAGUUUCAUGUUACAGCGGUUAAGCUUCUGAGUGGAUUUGGACAAUGAAGCCAGACUUGUAACCCUCAGUGUCUCAAAUGUAUUUGUGGAAUAAAUCUUGUAACUAUUUCAGACAGAAUGGUCUGCUAAAUGACACGUAAAUGUACAGAAGAGAGAGCAUUUCUUCUCACUAACUUGCUAUGCUUCUGUGAAGUUAUUGUAAGAAGGGUAAGAACUAGAUGAUCUGGCAGUGAUUUAAUGGUCGAUAUAAAAGCAUGAAAAUAAUCAAGGAGGGCAGCGGGUCUGUGAUCACUGACUGUCUUUGAAGUACCCGAGCUCAGAGCCAGACAAUGUGCUUUUUCAAUCACCAAUAAAACACCACACACACACACACACACACACACACCCUUAUGCCUCAACAUUAAUGCAUUCAAAAUACCCCCAUUUCUCUCUCUCUCUUUCUCUCUCUCUCUCUCUUUUUCUUUGUCUCUCUCUCUCUCUCUCUCUCUCUCUCUCCAUUUACUAUUAACAUCUUUUUGAAUUCUGUGCUGUUUGUUUAUUGGCUGCAAGAUGGAGAGGGGAGGGGUUAUCCCCCAUCCUUACAGUGGCUGCUGAGGCUGUAUAUAUCUCCCAAGCAGGACUGAUGCUCUACUAUUGUUCUUCUAAACAAACUUAUGGACAGAUGUCUGGAGUAACUGAGUGAAUGGGGUAGAUUUGCAAGUAAAAUGAGGUGUGUGGCACUAGCAGAAGAACCUAUGUGUAAUCACUAGCCUGAGAAAGUGGUUCCACAUUGUGGCAGACCUACUUUUUUCUUUCUUCUUGUCCCCUUUUUAAAAAAAUAUUCUUAUUUACUUAUUUAUUUGUUUGUUUGUUUUUGUUUGUUUGUUUAUUUAUUUAUUUAAUUAUUUAUUUGGUAAAAAGCAUUUACCUAAGGCUGGGUAGUGUGGAACCAUGCUAUUGAUGUCACUUCUGGUAAUGCUGAUGCUGAUUCGUUGGAGUGCAGCAGUACCUGUGGGAAGAGAAGUCUACAGAAUGCCACAAAAUGUGCUCAAAGCUCUCUCAAAUAGAGGCACAGUGGUGAUGGAGUCAUCACUGGUCCGUGCUCUUACUGCCAUAGAUCAGACGAUAGCAGACAGGAGCAGGGCAGAGGCCAGCUGCAUGGGAUGCAUGCCUUGUCUGUUUCAGGACUGCGGACAGCACUCAGGAACAUGUGAGUCUGCAGAGUCUGUACUGAUGGAGCCGAGCUGUGAGAUGAUGAGACAAACUCAAAGUUUGCCUGAAGAGACUGAGAGAAGAUGGAUACUAAGUCAAAUGUGUGGGUUCUACCAACAUCGCUGCGCUACCUCAGAGCUUUACUCUGACUCCUGCAUCAGGAUCAUGGGAGAGAGCUGCAGCUCUAGGCUAUUACAAUGCAGUCUUAUUAAUGCUAUGCAGAACUUGGAGCCAGCCAUGGAGAUCAGGACAAAGGCUUUGUGUGGACAGAGGGUCUCAGGUGGAAAGACCCUUACACAGCCAAACUCACGGAUCAUGGGUGGCUCUCAGGCGCCACCUGGCAGCUGGCCUUGGAUUGUCAACCUGCAGCUGAAUGGAGUUUUGAUGUGUGGAGGAGUCCUGGUGGACAGCUCCUGGAUACUCACUGCUGCACAUUGCUUCACUGGAAGUCAAAGUGAGCAUUACUGGACAGCUGUAGUUGGAGAGUUUGACAUCACUAAGGCUGACCCUGAUGAGCAGGUCAUGAAGGUCAACCGCAUUAUCACACACCCAAAGUUCAACCCAAAGACAUUUAAUAAUGACAUUGCCCUGGUGGAGCUGAGUUCUCCUGUGGUUUUGUCAGAGCGUGUAAUGCCUGUGUGUUUGCCCUCUGACCCUGAGCCUCCCCCUGGAGCACCAUGUCUGGUGGCUGGAUGGGGCUCGCUUUAUGAAGAUGGUCCAGCAGCUGAUGUGGUGAUGGAGGCAAUGGUUCCUCUGCUGUCUCAGAGUACAUGUAAAAGUGCCCUGGGCAAACAGCUGCUCACAACCACCAUGUUCUGUGCUGGCUACUUGUCCGGAGGUAUCGACUCAUGUCAGGGAGAUUCUGGUGGGCCACUGAUUCUCCAGGACCUUACUUCAGGGAGGUUUCAGUUAUAUGGUAUAACAUCAUGGGGAGAAGGCUGUGGUGAGAAAGGCAAGCCUGGUGUAUACACACGUGUUGUGGCUUACAAAGACUGGAUCCUCUCUGAAAUCCAAAAAUCAUUUGGAAGCAGGGAACCCACAUGUGCAGAGCUUCUGAAGACAUCAGAGUUGUCAGAGGAGCAACGCAUGUCCGAGUUCACCUCACUCUGCCAUUUCUACAUGCUGAGCUGCCCUUUAACCUUGGAUCCAUCUGGGUGCCAGCGCUUAGCCCAGGACAACUGUCAGAGCCGCUUUAAAAAGUGUCAAUUGCAUUUGUUCCUGCAGACUCUUUUGGAUUUGUUGCAGAAGGCAGAUGAUUAUAUCCGAGAUAAAGUGGACCUAACCUUCUUCACCCAGAGUCUUCCCCAGCUGGUGGAACAUGUCUACAGGUCUUCAGUCAAUGUGCGAACACGAAGACAAACCCUUAAAGCAGAGCAGGUAGGCCACUCCUCCUUGCCUAUUGCCCACAACCCACCAUCUGUAUUUGAGGAGGUGGGCCCACUACUGGAUAACUGGGAGAGUUACCUAAACAGCAUUGCUACUAAUUUGGAACAGCACAGCAAACAUGUUGAAUCAAAUCAGCAAACUAAAGAGAAACUAAACCUCUUCCAACAGGAAGGCAACUCAACACUUCACCAGCAAGACAGAGAUCUGCUCUCUACCAUUACUUUAGUUUGCUUCAGACUGGCAUCUCGCCACAUUUCAGCACUGAAAGAUUUGGAGAGAUACUCAUUUUGGAUGGAUUUAAUAAUUUCCGGAAGAGCGUCUGAUAUUCUAAGUGGAAAACUGGAACCCUCACUGCAUCUCCACAUGAAGGACAUUGUGAAUUGGCGCACUCUAGUGUUUCAGCUCCUUAGUUGCAGUGAUGUGAUAAAGUCUAAAGAUAAAACAAGUAAAACAGAAAAUCUGCUAAAAAGAACAGAUCUGGUACCCAGAGCUGGAGAGCUCAUUGCACCUCAGGAGUUAAGGACUAAGAAGAGCCCUGUGCAGGGUGGAACUCGCUCAUGGAUGUCUGAUUUGCUGGAAGGAAGACAAUCAGUGACCAGCUCCACCCCGAUCCAGCUUCCCCUGCCACUUCAAUUGAACUCUAACAAGAGGACGAGUGUGUUUUCUCACAGGAGGCCCAGAAGGCAGCUGCUUGGACAGAUCCAUGAAGCAAGCAACAGAGUGUGUCCUGGGGUUGCAGAGUUGGCACAGCAAGUCAUUGUUACCAAGGAGAUGUACAACUGGAUUCUAAACAUCACACCAAGCAACCUCAACAUGAAUUUCCAAGAGGUGCUGGUUGACAUCAACACUAAAAAUGAACAUGGUCUAUAUGAAGCACGUGUCAAAGCAACAGUAGGCGGACAUCCUUUGACUUUCUACAGUCUUGUGGGACUGGAGAAUGAUUCAUUUUAUCGGAGCAUGCCACACAUAAUUGCUCUAGCACUUGAUGCACUAAAAACCUAAUGAGGCAUGUAAAAACAUACAUCACUCCCAAAUGCAGUCGGUAUUGGUUAUGGACAGUGGGUGUUAAUCACCCAAUCUUUAAUCCUGCACUGUCUUGAUUCAGUAUAUUUUCACUUGUCUGUAGUGACAUACAGCAGAAACAUUUCACUUCUGCAUGUGUAUGUAACUUGACAGAGACAAAUUACUUACUAUUAAUUGAAGGAUCCUCCUAGACUUCAGGCUACGUAUAAAUGAUAAUUUUUUAUUAAGUAAAGAAAUUCAGUAGCAUAUUGGCUGACAGAGGGAUGAUCUCUUCAGUAUUUUUCAGUAGUCAUUAUAGGUGAAGUGCCACAUUCUGGAAAACAAUGAACAAAUUUACAGAUUUUUCAGACAUUGAAAAGUCUGGGACUUGAAGUUGUUCUUGAACUGAUGUUUUGAUGUUCAUAUUUUUCACUGAAAGUAUUUCUGUGGGUCAUGUGGCCUAUACGGGUCAUGCUGCCUUAAGUUAUUCAUUGCAAUACUGUAAUUUUUGUAUGUAUUUAUUUUUGUAUAGAGAAGACCAUUUCAUAUUUUUGUAAAAGGAAAGAAAGAACAGAAUGCAAAUUAAAUUGAUCUAAAUAAAUACUUACCUUUUCUGACUAAAGUGCUUAAUCUGCUAAAACAUGAGGAUGUCUGGUUAAAUAAAAUCAGAAGUUUAAUAAUCACACUGCACCCGCACCAAUUUAAUAACUCUAUCUGCAACACUGCACUUUGUUGAUCUUGUAUUGUA